GUUACAGCAAACAAUUUGAAAAUGCGAAUGACGCAGUGCCACAAUAUACUGAAGAAGCCUGCCAUGUACCGCAUAGUAGAGAAAUCCUCGGUCUGAUCGUUAGUCUUGUUUACUUGAUCUGCACACUGCUCGAAGUAAGCGACGUUCAAAGCAGCCUCUUCGAGUCAUGGCACUUGAGAUCCCAGGCGACAUCAAGUUGCACGAGCGCUUCAUGCGUGAAGCUCUUGAUCUAGCGGAGCAUGCUCUUGCGGUGGAUGAAACGCCUGUGGGAUGUGUUUUCGUUCACAAUGGCGUUGUAAUCGGUCGUGGGAUGAACGAUACAAAUAAAAGCAUGAAUGGAACACGCCACGCCGAAUUCAUGGCAAUGUCCCAGAUCCUGCAAGCUCACCCUGCAUCCAUCUUGCAUGAGACCGAUCUCUACGUGACAGUUGAGCCUUGCGUGAUGUGUGCGUCGAUGCUUCGUCAAUUUGGAAUCCGCGCCGUUUACUUUGGCUGUUACAACGAGCGGUUUGGUGGUACAGGCGGUGUUCUUACCAUCCACAAGGAUAGAAGCGUUGACCCCCCGUAUCCCGUUUAUGGAGGCAUCUUCCGAGAGGAGGCGAUCAUGAUGUUAAGGAGGUUCUAUGUGCAAGAGAACAAAAAGGCUCCAGAGCCGAAACAGAAGAAAGAGCGCGUUCUGAAGACGGAGAUUCUGCCGUUGGACGUAGACAAAAAGUCUUCAUGUGCACAGUGAUCAAUUGCCAUCCGUUGAAUUACAGAACACCAUCUGGUUCUCCCUUCA